UAGAUCAUCUUAGUGGAACAAAGGCCAGGCGAUCUGCUUCCAUAAAGAUUACAGACAAGAAAGCCCCAUGAAGGAGUCCUACUCUGUAACACAGGGGUCACCAGGUGUCAGGGGAGCCAACCUGACUGCAGCUAACAAGUUUUACCAAAGCUAUUAGGCCUUGGAUUACAUUCCAAGGCAGAACCAAAAAACCAGUUGUCCAUCAGGGCGAUUCCAACUCAUGGCAGUGCUGCAAAUGGUUAACGCACUCGAACGCUAACUAAAAGGUUGGAGGUUCCAGCCCACCAAGAGACACCUCGAAAGAAAGGGCUGGCGAUCUACCGCCGAGAAACCUACCACUGAAAACCCCAUGGAGUACAGUUCUACUCUAACACACCUGGGGUACCAAGAGCAGAACUGGUAACUCCUAAGAGAGAAACCACCUGCUCCAUACAAACAGACUCUAACCUGGGCCCUCCACUAGUCAAAGUAGGGCAAGCUCACAACCCUUGCAGUGCCACACUUCUCAGUUCUUCAGGGAGUGACUUCUCCAGUGUCAACACAACCCCACCAUCUCGUCAGGGAAAAGAGUUAGUCCUCUUUUAUAGCCAUGCGUCCACUAUGUGAGACGGAGUGUGAAUCUCCAUUUUUUGCAGUGGGGGUGGGGUAAGAGGGGGAACAUUCAAAGCAAAAAAGGCUGCACUUCAAAAGGAUUAAAUCAGACACCGCAAAAAGUGAGGGGUCAAAAUCUGAAAUCUUCAUUCAUGAAGAUCUGUAAGAGCACUGGAUUAGGUCAUCUCCAAGGUCUAAAGCUGCCUCUUAUUUUCCUUUGUGAAGCCAGCAGUAAAUUAACAGAAUUCUUUUCACAUUCUAAGAGUUCAACUUCACAUUAGUAAUUUUGGAGGUAGCAAAUCACUUAAAAGUCUGACUUAGAGCAACUACAACACGGGGUAAGAGUUAUGCCAUACAAAGCUCAUUGGGGUUUUAUACGUUUUAAGUUUUUCUGAUUUUCUAGAAGACUGUAAAAUCAAGCAUGACAAGAUUUUCCGUCUAGAAGUCCUGGGUCUGCAGAGGGUGACACAGAAGUCCAGAGAAGUGUUUUGCCCACGGAAGCAAAAUCAUGUCAUCUCCUGCCGGGCAACAGCUAGCAUCACCCAGGUCUCUGCUGCUGCUGCAGUGGACUGCUCUCCUUGGUGACGUCUUGCCAUGCGCGUGUAAAAUGCCACUACCCACUGGUGCAUCUCAGACUCUGCCGGUAACGGGGUUAACUAACGCACCCCAAGUGCACGGCCAUCGAGUGCAAUAUGUGGGGCACUGGGGCGACCCCAGCACCACACAACUGCAGCGAGCCCGCUGCCUUAGAGUCGCCGCGAGCCUACAGGACAGAGUAGAACUGCCCCAGCGGGUUUCCAAGGCUGUAAUCUUUACGGAAGCAACGGAAGCAGGCUGACGUAUCUUUCUCCCGCGGAGAGGCUGGUGGGUUCGAACCGCCAAUCUUUCGGUUAGCAGCCCAGCGUUUAACCACUGCGCCACCAGGGCAGCACCCAGCGACCUGCUCAAAACCAGGGCAGCGCUUCUUCUCCGUACCUACCACACGGCGGUUCAGGGGGAAAUCGACAGAACUGACCUGAUCUUGUCCCUGGAGCAUGUGCAGACAUCUGCAAGAUGACUGAUGGAUGACUUCUGCCUGAUGCAAGUAGCUGCCACAGGAAUCGAACCAGCACCACGGGAGGGACCAAGCAGGUGUGACACCCCAUGAUAAGUCCUGCAAUGAAUCCCAGAAGCCUCCGGGACAGGAGCCAUCUUAAAGCCCGUCUUAGAAAGCUCCUGCACGUGCACCAUAGUUAACAUAUCCCAGCCCAGACGGCCCACUUCCAGGAAAACUCCACCUAUACUCAUAAAUAAACAUAAAUCCAUUCCCACUCAAAAACCAUUAAAAACCCAUGCAGGUUCUUUGUUCGGAGAGACGGGCAUAAGCAUCACCUAAGCCCUCCUUGUCUCCUCUUCUUCCAAGCCCCAUUAAUAAAGCUUCGCUCAUGUGGAAAAAUUUCUGUGCCUUACCUGGUCAUUCUUGACCAACGAGAGGCAAGGACCUUCUUCAGUUAAAGGCGUCGAGGUGCCAGUAACACCUUCAUUCUUAGAAUGGAGACUAGAAUGUCACCCAGUUAGGACUCUGAGAAAAAACAAAGAAACUAGCUUAAUUAAGGAUUUAAAAGGAAUUCAUUAAUUCAUAUAACUGAAAGGUUUGGGAGUGGACUUCAGGAUAUUGGAAUUAUAUAGUCCACACACACAAAAAAACCAAAGUCCAAGCAAUGUCAAAUUCUGUCUAUCUAUCUUUAUCUACCUACCUAUCACCUAUCCCCUCUCUGGGCUUGGUUUUUGUUUUUUGUUUGUUGUUGUUUUCUUUCUGUGUUAGCUCCAUUCUUGGACAGGCUCUUACCACAGGGCUCCCAGCAACUGUAAACAGCAAAUAUUUUAUCAGUGUUAUGAUCUCAACAGAGAGUGCCUCUUUCUCUAUAAUUUCAGCCAAACUUCCAGGACUAAUACUCGUUGGCCAGCUCAGAUUACCUGCCAACGACUUUCACUCUGAUUGGCCAAGCCUGAGCUAUGUCAGGGAGUGGUGUCUGCCCAGUCUGAGCCUCAUGGACUGCCAAGGGGGAAAGAUUAACUUCCCAGAGAAAAUUCAGGUGACGUUACCAGAGGAAAAGGACUGGAUGUUGGGCAGGCAUCAAUAGUAUUUGUCCCCAACAUGUCUCCCAGGGCUCUAAGGGGAACAAAAGGAGCCGCUUGUGCGUGCGUGAACAUGCAUGUCAACGUUGAUGUUCCACUUGGUAGUUCUUUCCUCUUAGCAGUUGUUGGUUUCACUUUCCAGAAGGAGAGGCUGAGUGUGUUUAAGUGAGGAGGAGAUGUUUCUCCUGGGCUCCUGGGCUGCCUUGACUCACUGGUUUCCAUUUCCUGACAUUCCAGCUGGAGACCCAGUAUGAUGAAUCCAGGCUCCCCAUCCGCCUGGUGAUUAGCACCACAAUAGGGCUGUUGAGGCUACCGCUUCCAUAAAGGUGACCUUUCCACUAGGAAGCCUCCUCUCGGCUUCACUGCAGGUGGAGGAAAGAGGUUUUCGAAUAUAUAAAGAUCAAUAAAAGCUCAUGCCAAAACCAUGCAAUAAAAAACCCAGUGGGGAAACAAAAGAUGUUACUGUGGACCAAGCUCAUGGAAACUUCCAGGUGUUUUUAAGAUUUUGUCCAUUGCAAGUUGUUCCUAUUUGCUUUUUCAGUGUGUAUGGAAUUUCUUUACGGACAUUGUAUGUAUCAUUUGGGGACCUUUACGCUUUGAUAGGAUUCCUUUGCAUUUGGGAAUGAAUCUCAGCGUCCAUCAUCUGAGAAUAAAGCCCUAUCUGAAAAGAGCAAUGUGGGGAAAUUCGAGACGCUCUUGUGGGAUGAAUGAAUAGCCAGCUCCAAACUUCUCUGACCACUCACUCGAUUCAGUAAAGCACGUCUGAGUGUGCACCUCCAAUGAAUGCGUGUUUAUGUGCAAAUUAUAUACGUGAAUUCUGUACUAAUGUAUUGUGUGCUCUUGGAAACAUAUAUGGGAAACAGAAAUUAAAAAGGGUGAGGUAGAAAAUACAAAUAAGAAACGCAAUCUUUUCUUCCUGCACCUCAGAGAGCUGUCUGGGGUACACACAAUGCGUUUUAGAAAAUGUAAAUUGAAAAGAUGUUUGAGUCAGGCUUAAAUGUGAAGAAUGUUUGUUAAGCAGAAAGAAGCAAUUUCUUGAUCUCAUGCCUUCUAAUUUAAAGAGACAUUUAACAAUUUCUAAGUAAAGCAUAUCCCUGCCAUGUGGCCACAGUGAGGACAGGCAAGACAAGGGGACCCCGGACCCACAAGGAUGAGCGAUGACAUCCCCCUAAGAGCAAGGGGAGCCUGUGAAGGGUCGGUUGAAAGCUCAACAAGGCCAGAGCCUGCUUCUCACUCAUAACCAGGCCCAGGUACAGGCACUUGGCACGUAGUAACUGAAGUUGUACCAUUGUAAGUGCUUUAUUUGUAUCAAGGCAUUAAACCCCGACAACUCUACAAAGUGUUAUUAUUUUCCCCACUAUAUAGAUGAGAAAGCUGAGGCAAAGAGCAAUUGUUGAACAAGUGAAUCAAUCAAGCUAUCCAAGGAUGGGCGUAUUUGUACAAUGACCCUAUGGGAAGAAAAGAAAGCAUAUAUAUUGUUGCAGGGGGAAAAACAUCACAAAGUUUAGUAAAGCAAAAAGAAAGUUUUAUUUGGCAUAUAUUCAAAAAGACAAAAGUGGAAAGUGAACAAGCGUGCUGGCAGAGCUAAUGUCUGGAAGGCUACAGGAAUCAUCAGUAUAAACACUACAAAAAUGGGUAGAAUCAUUGAAAGCUUCACCUUUUCACAGAUUGGCCAGAAACCAUGGUCUUACGUUUUGAAUUGCGUUUCUUAACAAUCAUUGGUACAGAUUUCAGUAACCGACAGUCAGGAGGGUCUUCAUUGGUCCGACAAAUUUCUAUUCACUAAAUGCUAAUAGAAAAAGAUAAGAAUGGAAAGUCUUUUGUGUUCUGUUUGAUUGGCUUUGUGUGAAAAGUUCCCUAAAAGAUAUUCUUCUUCCCUAAAAGAUACUUUCUAAGACUGUCCCAUCUAUUGUCUUUAUCUCAGGGCCCAGUUGAUGUGUCCUUGUGAGUCUCUAUGCACAAGGACAGGAAAUAAUGUUACCAAUAUUAUUUUCUAAGUCAAUGUGCACACACCUACACACAAGCAUAUACACACAUAUAAAAAAUUUUUUUUUAUAAACACAGUCAUGUACACGCACACACUCACAUGUACACAUAUAUGCACACGCAUAUUCCAGGGUUGAUUUUUGUUGCUUGCAACCAAGGUAACCAAAUUCAUGGACCCUUCAGGAAAGCUGAUGAAAGCUACAGACCAAACUGUGCGUCUGAUUUCUACAAGGCUCUUGGGUACUUAGAAGCCCAGCAGUUGACUCCAGUUUCAAACCCUGUUCUCUGGGAUUUUCUAGAUCUAGGGCACUAGGAUUCUAUGGUAUGUUAUGAUAUUCUUCCACGGAGAUUAUAAGUUUAAACAAACAAAAAAAGGACAAACUUUUGCUCCUCAACCCCUGUAGUCUCCGUUCCACAGGUAGCAGGCGUCUGGCAGAGUAAACCACCACAUGGUUUUGUGUGACCUGACAUCUGCAAAUAUUACAAGUCACAUAGAUAGGGUGACCCAUAUAAUUUAUUGUCCAAAUUUGGACACUUCGGGGCGUGAGGGGGGCACUAUUAAUAUUUAUGCCAAGGCAAUUAUCAUAAACUGGGAGUAUCCUAAGCCAACCAGGACACCCCAUUUCGAGCAGAAUCAACUACUAAAAAUAGAAUCUAUUGUGCAAAAAGCGGGAACUUGCUGCUUUUUCAGGAGCCCCAGACAGAGAGAGGUAUUGCGUUGGGCAAAUCUGCCAGAGACCUCUUUAAAGUUCUAAAAAGUAAAGAUGUCACUUAGAUGACUAAGGGGCACCUAACCCGUGGCAGGGUCUUUUCAAUUGCCUCAUAUCCAUGCAAAAGCUGGACAAUGAAAAAUGAAGACUGAAGAAGAAUUGAUGUAUUCAAACAGUAGUGUUGGGGAAGAAUAGUGAAUAUACCAUCGACUGCCCAAAGAACAAACAAAUCUGUCUUAGAAGAAUUAAAACUGGAAUGCUACUUAGAAGCGAGGAUGGUGAGACCUCAGCCUGCUUACUUUGGACAUGUCCUCAGGAAAAACCAGUCACUGGAGAAAGACAUCCUGCUUGGUAAAGCAGAAGGUCAGUAAAAACGAGGGAAAUCCUCAAUAAAAUGGAUUGACACAAUAGCCAAAGUAAUGGGCUCAAACAUACCAACGAUCAUAACGAUGGUGCAGGACGAGGCAAUGUUUUGUUCUGUUAUACAUAAGGUCUCCAUUAGUCAGAGCCAAUGUGACAGCAGCUAACAACAGCAGCACACUGAGGUCACCUGCUCACCUGCUGCAUCUACCCCAGCAGGACCAGUUGCCAUUGAGUUGAUUCCAACUCACAGCAACUCCAUGUGUGUCAGAGCAAAACUGUGCUCUAGGUUUUCAGUGACUGACUUUUUAGAAGUAGAUCACCAGGCCUGUCUUUGGAGGCACCUCUAGGUGGACUCAAACCUCCAACCUUUUGGUUAGCAGCUGAGCAUGUUAACCAUUCACACCACCCAGAGACUCAGAGUGUUGGCUAAUUCCCACCUCUGUAUUUUAGACCCUGCCAUUCCCCUGUGAUACACACAACACAGCUCUGUGUUUGACCUUGAGUUGUCUGAGGCAGGAGAGUCCUGAGACUCCAAACUAGAGGAUCACACCAGUAACAUGGACUUUGCUCUCGAAUCUAUUUACCUCUCAAGGUCCCCCUCGUAAGUGCAGCCUUCUCUCCAUCAAGUUUUGCUAACUCCCUGGUGCCCAGACUCCACUGUUGACCAGAUAAAAGCACAGUGACCUGAGUGGCCCAGCCACCACAAAGGGCACUUGCCCCAAUCCGCCCACCCCUGUGCCAAACUGACGUCAUCAAAGACGUUGGGACAGGGAUAGGUUGAAAUUUAACUAUUAGGCUCUGGGGUUUGGGUGACUUUCUACAAAAAGUUGCCAUGAUCAAAGUGAGAACAGGUACCAGGAAAAGACCACCCUUAUUUUAUUGGGAUCUGCGGGGGAACUGGUUUCCAGAGGGGCACAAACAGACCCAAGAUGCUAAAGACCACCAUGUUGGGGAGGAGAAAUCCGGAGUCCUGGAGUUUCUCAUAUUUGGUCAAGUGGUUGUGGGGGACCCUCCGAAGUCAUCCAAUGAGGCCGGAACGACCCUGCUCUCAGCAUUCCUGUGCACAGAGGAACGGGAAUAAUGCCUCGCACCCCCUCUGGAAGGGCCCCCUCUCCAUGCUAGGGGGCACCCGGCAGUCUCCUGUUGACAUCAAGUGGAGGGACAGCAUCUAUGACCCCCAGCUGCAGCCUCUCAGGGUGUCCUAUGACGCGGCGGCCUGCCUCUAUGUCUGGAACACUGGCUACUUCUUCCAGGUGGAAUUCGACGACUCCACUGAGGGCUCAGGCAUCAGUGGCGGGCCCUUGGAAAAUCACUACCGUCUAAGACAGUUCCACUUCCACUGGGGAGCAGUGGACCAGUGGGGCUCGGAACACACAGUGGACAACCACGUGUACCCGGCCGAGCUUCACUUAGUUCACUGGAAUUCUGUGAGAUACCAAACCUACAAAGAAGCCAUUCUGGGAGAAAACGGUUUGGCUGUGAUAGGCGUGUUUUUGAAGCUAGGCACGUGGCAUAAGGAACUACAGAAGUUGGUGGAAGUCUUGCCAGAAAUAAAGCAUAAGGACUCGCGGGCGGCCUUGGGCCCUUUUGAGCCUGCUGGUCUGCUGCCCUCCUGUCCGGAUUACUGGACCUACCCAGGCUCCCUGACCACUCCUCCACUGACCGAGUCUGUCACCUGGGUUAUCCAGAAGCAGCCCAUUGAGGUGGCUCCAGACCAGCUGUCAGCGUUUCGGACUCUACUGUUUUCUGCGCUUGGUGAAGAAGAGAAGAUGAUGGUGAACAACUAUCGCCCUCUUCAGCCUCUGAUGAAUCGGAAGGUCCGUGCGUCCUUCCAAGCUACUGAAGAGGGCACAAGGUCCUAAAGUCAACAUCUCCAUGUUAAUGGGUAGAACUGACUUUUAAAAACAAGGAGAUGUUAUUUCUCAAGCUUCAUGGUCUUAUCAUAUGUAACUUCCAAAAUUAAAAAGAGAGAAAGAGUCCAUUGUAGUCAAUGUACUUUUCAUUUCAAGUAAAAGAAACCACUUCAGAGAGGCUUGGAAAUCUCACGGAAAUCUCAUGAAACCCAAGGCAGGAGUUCUGUGACCUCAGGGCCAAGCAAGUCACCACUGACCGAGGCCAUCACAUCAACCCUCUCUAGGUGGGGUCACAUGGUCUUCCCUUCUGCUCCUCAUUGCAUGCCAGCUGCU